AAACGUACCUUCCAACAGCUGGCAGCACGUAAUACAAUUUGUCGAAUAAAGAAACAAUAUCAAUGGAAUCUAACGGAGAAUUGGUUUGCUAACGCGUUGUGCCGUCUCCUACGAUAGUCUUUGAUUAUAAAUUCAUUCCAAUGUUGACAACCAAUUAUUCUUUAUGAUUGUUGCCACAAUGUUGCACCGCUGUAUUUCUAGUGCUCGUACUUUUGCCGGCAUUGUGAAUACCGAAGUACGUUUACAUUGUACUAAAAGUAUCACAUUUUCUCGAUCGACGCGACGUCUGUGUACAGUAAACGCGCAAUGCUCCACCGUUGGAGAAAUUAUCGAACAAUGGAGCCACCGGUUUAGGAACGAAGGUGUUCCAGAACCCGUUGAAUCGAUCGAACACAUCAUUGCACAUGUCAUAGGUACUGACAAGAUAAUAGAUCUUAUAAAUAUACGAAAUGAGAAACUUACACCUGAUCAAUGUGAAAAGUUGGAAUCAUUAUGCGAAUGCCGGUUAUCUAGAAUGCCUGUUCAAUAUAUAAUAGGGGAAUGGAGUUUUCGAGAUAUUACAUUAAAAUUAGUCCCACCAAUUUUCAUUCCACGGCCAGAAACUGAGAUACUAGUUGAUUUUGUGUUGAAAAGAAUAGAUUCUUCCUCGAAAAAGGAACUAGAAAUUUUAGAACUGGGAUGUGGUUCUGGAGCAAUAUCGCUUGCAAUUGCUCAUGCUAAUAAAGCAGUAAAAUGUAUAGCAGUAGAUGUAAAUCGUCAAGCUUGUGAAUUAUCUAUUCAAAAUUGUGAUCAAUUGAAUUUAGGAAAUCAAGUUUUAAUUAUACAUGCAGUUCUUAAAGAUAAUGGCACGAUAGAACAUUUGGAUGAAUUAAAUGGACCACAAAAUCUUGACUUAAAUUCAAAACUUUUUGACAUUAUCGUUAGCAAUCCUCCAUAUAUACCUACUAAACAAAUAUCUACAUUAUCUCCAGAAAUUAAAAUUUACGAAGAUUUAAGAGCAAUUGAUGGAGGAGACGAUGGUCUAAAAAUUAUCAAGCCUUUGUUAAAAUAUGCUGCUGCAGUUUUAAAACCUGGAGGACGUUUGCUUUUAGAGGUUGAUUCAACUCAUCCUGAAUAUAUAGAAUUUUUUACUAAAAAAUACCCAACUUUACAGCUUCGAUUUGAACAUACAUAUAAAGAUUUUUGUAAUUAUGAUCGUUUUGUUGAAGUAUCAAAAGUAUCUUAAAAUGUUACACUCAGCUAAUAGAUCUCAACACUAAUAAAAUAUUAAAGACGAAAUGCCUGUAUAUAGUUGUAUGUAAUGUUAAUAAAAAUUAUUCAUAGUAAUAUGAAAUUACUGCAUCAAAAUCUAUGUGAAAAAUUUUUAGAUUUAUCUUAUUAUUAAGGAAUUUCAAUUGUAAUAAAUUAAUAAGUAAACUUAUAAUUUAAAUUUAAUUAAAAUUUAAUCAAUAAAACAUGGUACGUACAAAUACAG